GACGAUAUUGUGGGCGAAGCGGUUGCCGGUGUCAGUUGUGCAAAAAUGCAAAUGGCGGUUGAGGAAUCGCUUAAUUUUGUCUUUGAAAAGAACUUCUCAUCUCCUUAUGUUGAGAUUAAUAAUCAAAAAGAUGACAGACUUAUAUUACAUCGGAUGCUGCAUGUUGGUCAAUGAACCAUAAAUCAAUUUAUGAUGCUGAUGGAAUUAUGCCGCAUUUAUGGGUUAUAUGAGAUGAAGCUGAAAAGUUUUCUCCAAAAUGCAUAACCGUGCAACAUUCGUAGUCUUCGCAUUUGUGGCAGCCUCUACCCUGGUGACAGGAGAAGAUUCAGCAAAACGUGCACCAUCAGGAUUUUUGGGCAUGAGGGGCAAAAAAAAUCUCUUGGCCCUUCACCCAGCUUUAUUUGAAGACUCUGGUCUAAGGGAUUCUAUCAAAAGGGCUCCAUCUGGAUUUUUGGGCAUGAGAGGGAAAAAGCUGAUGUCGGACAACGAGUUGGAUGAUGUUGGAGAUUGGGAUAAAAGAGCGCCGAUGGGAUUUCAGGGAAUGCGUGGUAAAAAGGACUAUUUCGACGACGAGGAAGAAAGUGGAUUAUCCUUCAAAAGGGCCCCGAUGGGUUUCCAAGGAAUGCGUGGUAAAAAAUAUUAUUCCUACGAUACAUCUGACGAAUAUCCUUUUGAUGAUGACUACGAAACAAGUCAAUAUAAAAGAGCGCCUCUAGGAUUUCAAGGAAUGCGUGGUAAAAAAUUCAUGGACAAGAGGGCACCUGCUGGAUUUUUGGGAAUGAGAGGUAAGAAAGAGCCCAGGAGUUACUGGUACUCGAGGCAGCUCCCUUACGAUUUCCGCGGCAAAUUCGUCGCCGUCCGCGGCAAAAAAUUAAGUGAGGAAGUUUCUGCAGAAACCGAAGAAGAUGCAUCACGAUCUCUGAGGAGUUUAUUACAAGAAUUGGAAAAACGCGGAAAACCUUCUGGAUUUGUCGGAAUGCGGGGCAAGAAAUCGACUAAUAAUAAUGUUGGAGAAGUCGUGCCUGCAGACAACUCAUCCACCAGGCAGUGAUUUUAUUUUCCAAGAGCGCACUACUAAGACGAUAUAAAUAUAUAUAUAAUUCAUAUUUAUAUAUUUUAACUAUACCUACAAGUAAGACUAAUAAUUAUUAAACCAGUAUUUAACUUUACAAUAAUUAAAAAAUGAGUCUUAAAUUUAAAAUUAUAAUCCGCCGAAUUAUUC